UUUUCUGACACAAUGGUGAAAUGUGCAGCGGACUCCGAAGCCCACCACUGGCCAGUUGUGCUGGCCAGUUUUGUGGCCACUAGUUUGACGCACGGACUGGCUAGCUCCGUCGGUGUGCUCUACAUAGAAUGGCAUGAGGAGUUUCCGGAGAGCUCUGCCUUGAUCGGUUGGCUGUCGUCAUCCUUGCUGGCAAUGCUUCUUUGCUUUUCCCCUAUGGCAGGAGCUCUUGUCAAGUACUUCGGGGUUCGCCCGGUAGUUGUCACUGGGGGUCUGCUGUCUUUCACGGGGCUGCUGAUCGCGUCAUUCGCUUGGGAAUUCUACGUACUCUUCAUUACUAUCCCAUUUAUGGCAGGUAUUGGCUUUGGUAUGUCCUACACUGGUGUGAUGGUCACAGUCAGCGAACAUUUCCACAAGCAUUACGCCAUGGCCAAUGGCAUAACAAUGUCAGGAGCGAGUGUGGGAAUGGUCCUGCUUCCAGUCUUCUUCCAGUUCUUGAUUGAUCAGUACGGGUGGAGGAGAGCAUUGCUGGUGACCAGCGCACUGCAAGCCAACGUAUUGGUGUGCGGAGGGGUUAUGAGGUCACCCCAGUCAACCCUCAGAAAAUGGAAACGAAACUCUGGUGUUAGUUUCGUGCCCGAGAGCAGCGGAAGGCAUCAGAAGCUUGGCAGAACUGUGUAUCACUUGAAGAUGGAGCGCAGUAAGAUGUUAUCAGCCAGUGGAAAUCAGGUUAAAGUAGAUGUUUGCAAUAAUGCCUCGGAACAGGAUGUGAGGAUUACUACAUUAUCACCUGGUAUUGAUUAUGAAUGUCUCCCUGCUGAUAAUCUAGCUGAGAGCAAGGGUCGGGGGUUAGCAUUGAGGGUAACAUGUUCAGAGAGAGUCAAGGCUUUCUUUGACCACUCGGGGAUCUCCCUCUUCUGGACCAAUCGCGUUUUCAACGGCUUUAUGGCCGUCUCAGUUUCCAUUUCGGCCAUUUACGGUGUCACCCUGCCUUACAUCGCAGCCCGAGCCAAGUCGGUUGGUGUUCCGGAGUUGGAAGCCUCGCUGUUGGUGUCGGUCAUUGGGAUUUCCAACAUGCUGAGCCGGCUGACUCAUGGCAGGCUGCUAGACUCCGACGUAAUCCAGCCGGCCUACCUGUAUGUGGUAUUUGUGCUGCCAGCCACUGUCGCUGGACCGGUCAUUGCCACUGUGCAGAGCUUCACUGUGCUAGUGGUCAGCACAGUAUUGAUUGGACUUGCUGCCGGAGCUUACAUCCCCAUGCAGGCAGUCAUCAUUCGUCGAAUUGUGGGAAAAGACAGAUUCCCCGGUGGGUUUGCCAUGGGACUGGUCUUUGUUGCAGUUGGCAACAUGGCAUCAGCUGCCAUUGCAGGCUAUCUGGCCGACACAACAGGUAGUUACAGUGCUGGUUUUCUCUUCAUGGCCGGCAUUUCUGGACUCUGUGUCAUGUUGAUGCUCGGCCUGCACAUGCUCUGGACAAGACUGGUUCCUGACACGCGAUGGCCAGUAAUUCCUUGAAAUUACCCCCCCCCCAGACGAUCAGUUGUAUGGAGCCCCUGGCUGACAUCAUAUUGUACAUACCUGUUGCACUUGAAUGGCUAUGUGUCCUAGAUGACAAACACGAUGGACAGCAGCACUUGGAUCUGAUCAUCACUAUGCCAUUAUCUGUGUCUGUGAGACAUCACCAUGACCUGCAGUGCAAGGCAAGUCCGGGUGACAAACAUUUAUCGAUCACUGAUCAAUUUUCCCCUGAUAACCCGCAGACUGAAUCCAUCUUGGGUACCAGGCAAAAAUGACCAGUGGAUGACAAAUGGUUGAUACAUUUUACAACAGUCUGGCUCCCAAACCAAAUGAUUGUGAUUAUUUGACAGAAUUGUUCGGUCUGGUAGCUGCUAUGAUCGUGUGACAAAAACAAGAGAUGCUGGUGUUUCCAAAACUUUACAAAGUUUUCUGAACCCAUUUUGCGAAAUGUUUUGCAAAAGAUGAAUGGAUAUUGAACAAAGCUAACAAAAGCUUGCCCCUCAAAAACCCACACCCCU